AUGUCGUUUCUGACUGUAUUGAAUUCGAGGCAUGCUAAGGGGAAAGGAAGGAUUGUACACCCCAACGGUUUCAUAACAGAUUUAGAUGUGGCGGGCAGUGAUGGCUUCUUCAGUGUGUGCGACAGUGUUUCGGAACCUGCGGCCCCAUCAUGCUGUCCAGCGCCGGAGCGGUCCACAUAUGCGUCAGAGGGCAGCAGUGCGAGCCCCGCGUCAAGCACGAGCAGCAGCAGCGCCUGGUCGCGCCUCGCGUCGUCAUCUGCGCCUGAACACCUCGCUCCUGGGAGCCCAGGUUCCCUGAUCCGGCGCAUCCACUCGCAGCUCACCGGCCUGAGGUCCACGAAGAAGAGCCACUCCGCGGAGCCCCCGCCGACGACCCAGAGCACUGGAGCCGAGGGCGGGCUCUGCCGCGCCGCGCCGCGCCGCCCGAGGGCGGAGACGCUCCCGACCGCGAGGGCCGCCUCGCGGCGCCCCUCGCUGCGCAGCGAGGGCAGCGUGGGCUCCGCCGCGUCCGGGCGCUCCGCGCGCAGCGGCAGGACCUGCAGCAGGGCCAGCGCGCAGAGGCCCAGCGGCCAGCAGGGCAGGGCCAGCAGCAGGGGCAGCGCGCGCUGCGGCCGCGCCGAGGGCCGCUUCGCGGCGGCGGCGCGGCCCUCGCCGAGGGCGCGCGGCAGGGCGGGGCGCGGGCGCGGGCGCGCGCGCGUGCACUCCGAGCCCCACGGCGGGUCCGCGCAGGGCUCCCCGUGGGCGCUGGCGGAGGAGCAGUUCGGCGAGCUGAGCUGGGACAUGGACGUGCCCCCGGACUUCCUGCAGCAGGGGCCGCCCACGCCCACCGAGCAGCAGUCCGGGCCGCGCACCCCCAUGCAGGUGUACGCCGAGCUCGCCAGGAGGAGGUUCCAUGCGCUGCAGCAGCGGCGCAGGGACGAGAAGGCCAUGCGCCCGAAGAGGAACCACGGCUUCUGA